AUGCGACCGUUCUCAACCCUUUCGCUGGUUCAGCUGCUCGUAGCUGCAACGACGGCUGUCGCUUCCGCCUCUUCCGCCGUCUCGCCUCCGCCGUCUACCUCCAUUACCUUCCAGAUCGGCGUGCCGAGCCGCGUCCAAGAACAAGAAAAGGAGUCGGCUGCCGUUGCGCUGCUGUCGAGCAUCCCCGGCUGGACGCGUGCCACGCUUGAGUCCGGCGAUGGCCGCCAGUACGUGUCAGCGCCCAUUACGGCGGGCGGCAAGCUUGUCUUUAGCAACGUGACGGCCGGCUCCUACUUGGGCGAGGUACACUGCGCGACGCACAUCUUUAGCCCGCUGCGGGUGGACGUCGAAGAGGAGGCCGACCCGGCCGCGACAGGCGCUGCCAAGGCCGACUCCCGCCUGCUGGUGACGCGCAUCACCGAGACGUACCGGGGCAACGACUGGGCGAACCAGGGCGAGGUGGUGCAGCGGGUGCUGCCGGUCAAGGUGGGAGGCGCCGGCGCCCACGACGGCGUGGCUCUGACCAACACGGGCCCGACGUUCCUCGUGGCACCGACCGUGCUGCAGACCAAGUCGUACUACUCGGAGCGCAGCUCGUUUGACGUUCUGAGCCUGCUCAAAAACCCGAUGAUUCUGAUGGCGAUUGUGGCGCUGGUCAUGAUGGUCGGCAUGCCGUACAUGAUGGACCAGAUGGACCCUGAGAUGCGCGCCGAGUUUGAGGAGCGGCAAAAGUCGAACCCGAUGAACAGCCUUCUGGGCGGCGGCGGCGGUGGCGGCCGUCAGGCUCCCCCCGGCGCCAACUUUGACAUGGCGGCCUUUUUGGCUGGCAGCGGCAAGAGCGACAAGAAGCCGGGAGGUGGCGGUGCUCCUCGGAAAUAA